AUGACAGAAUUUGUGUCCUCGGAGGGGUCCCUACCCCACAUACCGGACGACCUGACCAUCCCCCAGUUCUUCCUGGAUGCUGGGCAUCCAGCGAAACAGAUGCACAAGGAGGGUGCGCCUUGGCUCAUAGAAGAUGGUACUGGAAAGGCAAUCGGUCUGAAAGAGAUACGUAUCAAGACGGAUGCUCUGGCCAAUGCUUUGAGUAGCAGAUAUGGCGUAGGUGAGGGCACUGUUGUCUGUAUAUUUGCUCCUAACCAUAUAGAUACGCCCAUUCUGAUAUGGGCAGUUCAUCGCUUGGGUGGUAUAAUCACGGCCGCCAAUCCUAUGUACACCACAGAAGAGCUCAGCCAUCAAGUGCAGACCACCAGUAGUCAUCUGAUGAUUGCCCACUCAGCUUUAUUGAAGACAGCCCUCGCGGCUGCCGCCGAGGCUGGGAUACCGCACGGACGUGUUAUCAUUCUUGAUGUUCCUUCGCACCAGGGUCAUGCAACUGUAGCGGACUUGGAGAAGGAAGGCGCAAAACACAAAUCAAAAUUCAAAGAGCGCCAUCUGAAGCCAGGUGAAGCGAAGACGAAGACCGCAUUCUUCAGCUUCUCGAGUGGAACCACGGGCAAAGCGAAGGCUGUCAUGGUACCGCACUAUGCUGUUAUUGCCAAUGCGAUCCAGGUUGCCGCCGUAUAUAGAGCCUAUGAUCCGAAUAUCCCUUCGGGUGACAAGGUAUUCGGACCCGGUGAUGUUACAACCGGUGUUUUGCCUUUGUUCCAUAUAUACGGAUUGGUCUUAAAUCUGCACUUCAUGUUAUUUUCGGGCAUCACGGUGGUGAUUAUGCCAAAGUUUAACUUCGCAGAGAUGCUCACCAGCAUCGUACGAUUCCGCAUGACGCACCUCGUCCUCGUUCCGCCGAUGCUCCUCUUGUUGUGCAAGCACCCAAUUGUGAAGAAGUACGAUCUCAGCCAUGUCCGUGCUAUAAUGAGUGGAGCCGCCCCGCUGGCGCCUGAACUGAUCGAACAACUCGCCGCCGCUUUCCCACAAGCUUUUAUCGGUCAAGGCUACGGCCUGACGGAGACUUCCACGGCGCUGUGUAUACUGCCUAGAGGGCAGAAGGUUGGGAGAUCGGGCGCUGCUGGCCGGCUCGUUCCCGGGACUGUCGCCCGCGUAGUCAAACCAGACGGCUCAUUGGCAAAGGCCGGAGAAACGGGGGAGCUCGUAGUCUCUGGUCCACAGGUAACUUUGGGGUAUUACAAGGAUGACAAAGCAACGAGGGAGACUUUCCUCGAAAUCGACGGCAAGCGAUGGGUAAGGACCGGUGAUGAGGUCCUCAUUAAACAUGAUGGCGACCUGUUCGUUGUCGACCGCAUCAAAGAACUUAUCAAAGUCCGAGGAUUCCAAGUCGCGCCGGCUGAACUUGAAGGCCACCUCCUGGGCCACCCCGACGUCGCCGACGUCUGCGUAGUUGGCGUACCGGACGAAUAUAGCGGGGAGGUGCCACUGGCAUUUGUCGUUCUCGAGCCCAAGACCGCGGAGAAAAUCAAAGGGAACCCCAGCGCAGCACACAGCAUUAAAGCUGCAAUUCAGAAGUACGUUGCGGAUGCCAAGGCGAAUUACAAACAACUGGCUGGGGGUGUGGAGUUUAUCGACCAGAUACCCAAGAAUCCCAGCGGGAAGUUGUUGAGGAAGGAUUUACGAGCUAAGGCGAGGGAGGCUAGGAAAAUAACGAAAUUCCAGCCCAAGCUGUAGGCUGCAAGUCUCCAUCAUCUUGGUACUCUGGCAUGUGGCUCCAGAUUUUUGAAUGAUGAAGUGCUAUCUAUACAUCUCACGCCUCAGUGUUGUACAGUAGAUUGCUAUGAUUACAUGGCUUCGGGUCGCGGCUUAUCCAAUCUCCUCAGCCCAGCGAAGGACGUCUUCUGCCGUAACCUCAGCAGUUGUGGAAGGCGAUGACUGAGUCAUCUCCGCCAGUUUUGUACUGAGAGAGGACGCGUUUCGGGCGGAAUUGCGCAACUCGGUCAACUUGGCCUCCAAUUCGUCGCAUUUGCAGUUUAAUGCUUGUGUCUCCUCUUUGCGGAGCUCCAGUUGUCGCUGCAUCAUAAGCUCCAAGCUAGCUCGUGCCUGCACCGGUCUAAGAUCAUUUGCAGCAGCCAUGAUGUUCUGUGCCAGGACGGUAAUCCAUUCGACAUAUUUCUGCCAUUCCGG